CACUCAGUCGGCACUGGUACUGCCUAGUGACUAGGAGUUUGGAGCAGGUCGCGGCAGACGUCGCCGCCCAGAUGGCCUCCAGGCUGACCCCGCUGACCCUCCUGCUGCUGCUGCUGCUGCUGGCAGGGGGCAGAGCCUCCUCAAACCCUCAUGCCACCAGCCACAGCACAGAGGAUCCAGAGAGCCUGCCAGAGGAAAGCAAAGGCAUGAACUCGGAGGAAAUUAAAGGCAUGAACUCGGAGGAAGAUGUCUCCAGGAGUCAGUCUUCCUGGCCAACAGCCAGCUUAACAUCCAACUCGUCCACCAUAUUGACAGCUAACACCACUAGUGAAUCCAACUCCCAACCAACUACCCAGCUCCCCACCGAUCCUCCCACUCAGACCCCUACUGGGCCCUUCUGCCCAGGGCCUGUCACCAUCUGCUCUGAUGUGGACAGCAAAUCAGCAGAGGCCAAAUUGGGGGAAGCCUUGGUCGAUUUCUCCCUGAAGCUCUACCAUGCCUUCUCAGCCACAAAGAAGGUUGAGACCAACAUGGCCUUUUCCCCRUUCAGCAUCGCCAGUCUCCUCACGCAGCUCCUGCUUGGGGCUGGGGACAGCACCAAGAGCAACCUGGAGAGCGUCCUCUCCUACCCCAAGGACUUUGACUGUGUCCACCAGGCCCUGAAAGGGUUCUCGUCCACAGGCGUCACCUCAGUCUCUCAGAUCUUCCACAGCCCAGACCUGGCCAUAAGGGACAGUUUUGCGAGCACUUCUCAGAGUCUGUAUGGCAGCAGCCCCAGAGUCCUGAGCAAUGACAGUGAUGUCAGCCUGAAGCUCAUCAACRAUUGGGUGGCUGAGAACACCAACCACAAGAUCUCCCAGCUCCUGGACAGUCURCCCUCUGACACCCGCCUUGUCCUGCUCAAUGCUGUCUACCUGAGUGCCAAGUGGAAGCAAACAUUUGAUCACAAAAAAAAGAUGGAGUCCUUCUACUUAAAAAACUCUGAGAUACAAGUGCCCAUGCUGAGUAGCAAGAAGUAUCCUGUGGCCCAUUUCACUGACCCAACUUUGAAGGCCAAGGUGGGGCAGCUGCAGCUCUCGMACAACCUGAGCUUUGUGAUCAUGGUGCCUCAGAAGCUGAAGCAGCCUCUUGAAGACGUGGAGCAGGCUCUCAAUCCCACYGUCUUCAAGGCCAUCAUGAAGAAGCUGGAGCUGUCCAAGUUCCAGCCCACUUACCUGAUGAUGCCCCGCAUCAAAGUGAAGAGUAACCAAGACAUGCUGUCAAUCAUGGAGAAACUGGAAUUCUUUGACUUUAUAAAUGACCUCAACCUGUGCGGACUCACAGAGGACCCGGAUCUCCAGGUGUCCACAAUGCAGCACCAGACCCUGUUGGAGCUCACUGAGACAGGUGUGGAGGUGGCRGCAGCCUCUGCCGUCUCCAUGGCCCGCAGCCUGCAGGUCUUCGAGGUGCAGCAGCCCUUCCUCUUCCUGCUCUGGGACCAGCAGCACAAGUUCCCUGUCUUCAUGGGACGGGUGUAUGACCCUAGUGUCUGAGAUCUGUGGGGGAUCAGGUUAGGGUAAGCCCUACCACCCAAGCCUCAGCUCUCCCACUUGGAGCUAUGCCACUGCCUGCCCAGCCACUUUCCACCUAAAGGGCUCUUGUCUCCAGCCACUUUCCACCUAAAGGGCUCCCUUAGGGUGUGGCAGAGCGACCUGCUUCCCCAUGGCCCUGUCAUGUUUUCCAAAUCACUUUUUGCAGCUUUCUCUGGUUCAAGUUCACCAAACUCUACAAAUAAACCCUG